AUGAGCGAAAAGGCCAAAGAAAUUUAUUUUUCAAUGAAAGAAUAUGGCGUUUCUCCAGAUAUUAUUCACUUUAAUUGUCUGAUAAAGGCAUUGAUUGAGAAUGGAGAAAGUGAGGAAGCUAUGAAUAUUUACAGACAAGAGAAAGAACUCAUUCCAAACGAAGUAACAUUUAUUCUUUUGUUGAAAGGAUGUGCUAUUACUCGAUCUCUAGUUAAUGGGAAAAAAUUGCACGAAACAAUUAUGAAAAAUUAUGAACUAUACAGGAGUAUUACUGUUCAGAAUAAUCUCAUUAACAUGUUUUCGAAAUGUGGGGAAACUCAAACAGCAAUAGAACUGUUUAUGAAGAUGCUUAAAACGAAACAACUGGACGAUACAACUUGGACACUAAUCAUACCAACGUAUUGUGAAGAGGGUAGGUUGGAAGAAAUAGAAAGUAUUAUUAUUAGUGAAGGCGUUACCUCUGUUUUUGUUUUCAAUGUUCUUUUGGAUUCGUUUUUGAAGAGUGGUAAAGUAGAACAUGCAGAAUCAAUAUUCAACCAAAUGGAAUUCAAAGAUGUAAUAACAUGGAACUCAUUUCUUAAGGGAUGCUCCCAAAAUGGAGAUACAAAAAGAUUAUUACUUUAUUUCAAGAUCAUGCCAAAGUAUACCCAACCGAAUGAUGUAACCAUGACGGUUAUGUUAACAUUUUUUGCAAAUCAUUCUAUGGAACAAGAAGCAUGUUUCUUGUUCGAUAAUAUGAACACCUUAUUCAAGAUAGCAAGAAUUACAGCACAUUAUGGAUGUAUGAUAAAGUUAUGGGCCAAUCUUAAGAAAAUGCCAGAAGCUAUCUCCCUGUACGAAGAUAUGAUCAAUAACAACUUGGUUCCAGAUGUACCAACCCUUAUUUUGCUUCUUUCUGUAUGCUCUGAAUUUGGAAAUUUGGAUUUUGGAAAAAUAAUUCACAGAAAUAUUAGUGAGCUAAGAAUCAGAGACCACAACUUGUUUAAUGCACUCAUUAAUAUGUAUGCAAAAUGUGGAGAUUUAACAAGUGCACAUGAAGUUUUCCUCUCAGUACCAAACAAAGAUGUUGUUUCGUGGACCUGUAUCAUAAAUGCUUAUGCAAUACAUGGAAUGGGAUUGAAGGCUAUUGAACUUUUGAACCAAAUGAGCAAAGAAAAUAUUAAACCAAAUGAGCAUACUCUAACAUGUGUGUUGCAUGCAUGUGGCCAUUGUGGUAUGGUGGACGAAGCAAAAGAAAUAUACAACCACAUGGAGUCCAAAUAUUCAAUCAAACCAUCAAACAUACAUUUGGCAUGUUUGAUCGAUGCAUUGGCAAGAAAAGGUAAUAUUAAAGAGGCUGAGAAAUUGCUAGGGUCUUGUAUCAGUCCUGACGUUGUUACUGUGUCCACUUUAUUUGGGGUCUGUAGAAAAUUCAACAAUGUCACCUUAGCAGAGAAACUUUUCAAUAUGCUUAUUGAACGAAAUGAAGUGGAAUCAUCUCACUUCAUUUUAAUGGCUAACAUUUAUGCUUCUCAAGACAUGUACGAAGACGCCAAAAGGGUUAAAGAGUUGAUGGAAUUUGGUGGAUUUAAAAAGUUACCAAGUAUGACGCAAGUUUGUAUCGAAGGGAAAAUGCAUUCUUUUGUUUGUGAAGAAAAGGAGCAUCCAGAGAUAAAGAUGAUAGAGAAAGAACUAAAAAAAAUGGUAGCUGAUCUCAUUAAGGCAGGUUAUCAACCAGACCUAAGCUGGGUGAUUAAAAAUGUUGACACUGAUGCAGAAAAACUGGAUUUACUAUACAAACAUUCUGAAAAGAUAGCCAUGGCAUAUGCUUUCAACAAACAGCCAAAUACAUCAACAAUUCAUUUAACAACGAACUUGAGGGUUUGUGGAGAUUGCCAUAAUGCCACUAAAUUGUUGUCAGCAGUUAGAAAUUGUGAAAUAAUAAUUCGUGAUGCCUCACGGUUCCACCAUUUUAAGGAUGGAAAAUGUACUUGUGGUGACUAUUGGUAA